GGCGGACCCGGCCGAAACCUCCUGGGGUCCAGCCUGGCGCUGCCCACCUCCGCGCUAGAUUCGGCCGGGCCCCGGGGAGCGGCUCCAGGGUCGGUGGACGCGCGCCGUGCUCCUGGGAGCGCGCACGGGGACGCGACGAGUGCGGGGGAAGGGCGGAGGGGAUGUGAAUAAACUCUGGGGUCGUGGAGACGCCUGUACCCCACCUAGCUCUUCUUCCUGGAGCCUGUGGGCCCCAAGACUCUCCAGCCACAUGUCUGGACUGGGACUGAAAACAGGCCCCUGCCUCUUGUCUUCCCUCAAAGGCUGGCAAUGAGCCUUCGGAAGAGAGAACCCUGUUGGACUGAUGCCGGGACUCUCUCCCACCGGGGUGCUGUGGGAGUCGGGGCGGAGAAUGGAGAAUAUAUUGGUGGGCCACACUGCUCAAUGCCUUGCAGGGCUUGAGCAUCCCUGGCCUCCGGGGGUGUAAAUGUCAGUAGCUUCCCAGAGCCGUUUGUGACAACCCAUAAACCCGUCCCCGCAAAUUUCCAAAUGUUGGCUGCUCUCCUUUCCAAAAUUCAGGCGUUAGAGCGUCCUAUGUUUGAAUUUGGCUGCCACUGCGAGCCUCAGAGAUUCCUGAUCUAUAUGUAAACUUUAAUACUUGUCUUGCAGGGUAAUAGUGAGGAUUAAAAAUGACACGAACAGAGGCUAAUAUGUACCUGAUACAUAGUGUUAAAGAGAACAUUACUCAGACACUUGUUAACGAUGUCUGCAGACACAUGUAUGCAGAUAUAGAAGUAUUUUGCAGAAGAACUGUUUAUCUGGAAACCCAUAGUGAAAAUACUUCAUGUGGUGCAUUUCAUUCUUCUACUUUGGACAUUUGAAGAACAAGAGGGAAUGUUGUAAAAUGGUCAGGGUAAUCGUGCUGGUUUAGAUAUGGUACUAGUGGUUUGCUUUAUGACUUUAAGUUUAGAGUCUUCAAAAUAGUAUAUUCAUUGAUUUGGAAGGAACUGCAGUUGACUCCGAGGCCUCUCAGGUAGGGCUUAUGAAUUUGUCCUUUCUGAAAAUGUGUCUCUUUCCUCUGUAUAGCACUUUAUCUCACUCCCUCUCUUGUGUCCCUGUGAGAGGCUCUGUGAAGACCUGAUUCUCCCCAGAGACAAUUUCAUCCCAUAAGCACUUCACCUAAAAGGACUUGGACAGGUCACACAAUGCCCUUUGAACGGGAGCAGGCCCUAGUCCUGCUGCCACCAUCAGCAAAGGCCGAGGACUCCCUAUUUUCUGGACCAGAUGCUGCCACACAAGAGGAACCCUCCAGCCCUGAGAUUGCACGCCAGCUUUUCAGGCAGUUUCGUUACCAGGUGAUGUCUGGGCCCUGGGAGACCCUGAGACAACUUCGGAAGCUCUGUUUCCAGUGGCUGCAGCCAGAGGUUCACACUAAGGAGCAGAUCCUAGAGAUCCUGAUGUUGGAACAGUUCCUGACCAUCCUGCCUGGGGAGAUUCAAAUGUGGGUGCGGAAACAGUGUCCAGGCAGCGGAGAGGAGGCAGUGACCCUUGUGGAGAGCUUGAAGGGAGACCCCCAGAAACUGUGGCAGUGGAUCAGCAUCCAAGUUCUGGGACAGGACAUCUUAUCCGAGAAGGUGGAAUCUGCAAGCUGCCAAGUGGGGGAAGUGGAGUCCCAUCUUGAAGUGAUGCCUCAGGAGCCGGGACUUCAUAAUUCACCUUCUGUUCCAGAGGAGCCACUGAGCCACAUCGUGAAAGAAGAAUCUGACACAGAACAAGAAUUAGCAUUGGCUGCUUCUCACCUUCCUGCUCAAUCUGAGGAAAGGCUCAUCAGAGAACAGGACUUUGGAGCCUCACUUCUCCAAACGGCACCUCAGGAGCAAUGGAGGAACCUGGAUUCCACUCAAAAGGAGCAAUACUGGGAUUUCAUGCUGGAGACCUAUGGGAAAAUGGUCUCAGGAGGCAUUUCCAGUUCCAAGCCUGACCUAACUAAUUCAGCAGACUAUGGGGAAGAGCUGACAGAACUGCACCUUCAUGUCAGUGAGAAGAUCCCAAUACCCACCUGCAUAGGCGAUAGACAGGAGAAUGACAAAGAGAACCUAAACUUGGAAAAUUAUAGGGGCCAGGGACCUUCAGAUGCUUCCUGUCAUGCCUCAGAAGAGACACCUUCUCAGGCUUCCUUGAGUGGCCUCUUCAGUGAGGAUGGGCCGAAACACUUUGGAGAAGGCGAGGAUCCUCCUGAAGGUCAGGAAAACCUUCAGGAUGAGGGGAUAGGGGGACAACUCUCUCAAGAAAGGAAUUCUGGGAAGCAGCUAGGUCAUCAUUUGCCUAAUCCUUAUCCAGGAGAACUGUCUAUGCUGUGGCUUGAGGAGAAGAGAGAGGCCUCCCCGAAAGGGCAGCCAAGAGCCCCCAUGGCCCAGAAACUCCCCACCUGCAGGGAGUGUGGGAAAACCUUUUACAGGAAUUCUCAGCUUGUUUUUCAUCAAAGAACUCAUACCGGAGAGGCAUACUUUCAGUGCCCCACCUGCAAAAAAGCCUUUCUACGGAGUUCAGACUUUGUGAAACAUCAGAGAAUUCAUACAGGAGAGAAGCCCUGUAAAUGUGAUUACUGUGGGAAAGGCUUUAGUGACUUCUCAGGAUUGCGCCACCAUGAGAAAAUCCACACAGGAGAGAAACCCUAUAAAUGUCCCAUCUGUGAAAAGAGUUUUAUUCAAAGAUCAAAUUUUAAUAGACAUCAGAGGGUUCACACAGGAGAGAAACCUUAUAAAUGUUCCUGCUGCGGGAAAAGUUUCAGCUGGAGCUCGAGCCUUGAUAAACAUCAAAGAUCCCAUUUAGGAAAGAAGCCCUUUCAAUAGCCAUGUCCUCUUUGCCUAUUUUUAUCUCCUGGCCCAUUUAAAAACACUUAGCUCUAUCAAGAGAAAUUGCAUCUUUUAGAGGAUAUCCCUAUUUUGGGGGGUAGCGGAACGGAUUAGAGAGGACAGUACUUGAACAUGGUUUUGGACUUGGAAGAUAUAUGGGCCUGUGGACUGGAUUUUAUGCUGGUUUAAUAUCUUGCUUCUGCAUCAGUAGAAAGAAUUGUCUUCGUCUUUCACCUCAUCUCUUUUGGGAAGAGAUGGGAAAAACUAUGACUUGGAGAUCCUGUUUUAGAAGUGCUACCUGGGAAGAGUUUAACUGGAUUAGCCAUAAUUGCAGUUUAUGGGAAGAACUUUGGAUCAGCCCUUUAGAACUGGGGUUCUAGAGCAGGGCUUCCAUUACAAAAGGAGGAGCGUAGAGGGCCAGUGAGCUCAUGCGUGUUCUUUGUCAUACAGGUACAAAAUUAAUGUCAAGUGUCCCCUGUUUUAAAUAAACUUAGAGCUUGUGUCUGAAGUA